AUGUUCUCGCUCUCCGUCUCACCCAUCUCCGUGGGCUCCAAUGUCUUCUUCGCCUUGGCCCUGUGCGCGAUCUCAGCCCUCGUUUUGCUUCUGCUGCGUCGGUACCUCACGCUCCGUGCCACACCGGCCUACCUCCUAGUGCCGAUAUUCCUGGCGCUCGCCUUGCCCGCGAGCGUUGUGCUUCUUGUCCCCAUUGAUCUAGCAUCUAGCGCACGCAAUGGUACCGGUCCGAAGGCAAUCUGGCUGCCGGACCGCAUGGUCUUGGUCUGUUGGCGAAUUGCGUAUUGGCUCAUUUUCAUGUUGACCUGGGCGAUACUUCCACUGCUUGGCGAUUAUAUUGACUCGGGAUACCGCGAACCUAAAGCCCGAAUUUUCUACUCGCUCCGCUCAAAUGCGCGAUAUCAGUUAAUUGUGCUGAGUUGUGCGGUGGUCGGCCUUGUCUAUAUCUCGGUCUCGAUCGGCUUCGAUCCCACUUCCAUCAAGGGUACCGUCAUGGCACUGGCAUACGUCUGGGGUCUGGUGCUUGCCAUCUAUUUGAUGGGACACGGCCUCGUCUCAAUUCCAAGGAAUCUGUUCCGCAAUGCAAGUGUUAGCGGUCGUUUGAAGCGUGUUCAAGCGCACGCCCCUCGGGUUCACGAUCGUCUCAUGGACGCCGUGAACCAGCUCGAAACUCUCAACUCGCAGGUCGCUCAGCUCCAGCAGCGCAAAACUGGCACCGCGCGGGACUUCCAGGAAUGGAUUGAGGACCUGUCCGAGGGGCCCGGCGCCGAGUCAGGCGACGUGCGAGUCCCGAUUCUCGAACGACCCGAGGCAUCCGGCUCGAUCCCCUCGGUCAUCACGGAGCGUUAUUUGGCAGACUUAACGAGGCGUCUCCAGCGCGCACGCCAUAUGAAGGCACGUUUUGUGGACGAGUGGGACCGUACCGUCACGUUAGCGGCCGACCUGCAGGCUAUCAUGAACUCAACAGCGUCCAAGAAGCUCGAAUUUGGCUCGACUCGGCGCCGGUCGUCUUGCCUGCCCAGGGUCAAACUUCUGAAUCCCUACCUGCGCUAUUACCUGUACUCCAACGUCUUACCAGCUUUCCGCUUGGUGUUUGGUGCAAUUUUCGCAGUUGCCUCGGUCUGUAUCGUCUGGUCUGAGUUGAUUAAGUCACUGGCCCCUCAAUUCUCUGCUAUUACUUUGACUGUCGCCCCCAAUUGGAAAGACGAACGACCUCUUGGCUUUGGCAGCCAGCUGAUCGCCUCUCUCUGGUUGCUCUACAUGUGCUCUGCAGCGCUAGUCGGAAUCAGUGAAGUCAAGGUGUGGGGCAACAGGGCCUUGGUGCGGCGCAAUACCUACGGAGAAAGCGCUUGUUGGUACGCCAGUCUGGUGGCUCGUUUGACCGUUCCUAUCGCCUACAACUUCUUGACCUUUUUACCCAAGGAUUUCCGCCGCUCGACUACUUUCUACGACUUCCUCGGUCGACUCAUCAACCUCACCCACCUUGGCAAGGGCUUUGAUUUCAUUUUCCCAAUUUUCAUCCUCCUUCCAGUGUGUGCCACUUUGUUCAAUCUUUAUGGACGGAUCAAGAACAUAUGCGGAUUUGGGUUGGCAGAGGAUGACGAUUUGCAUGACGUGGAGAACAACCCGGCGGGUUACGGCGUGGGUGGCUGGCGUGAGGGUCGUGACCUCAUUGAGCGCGAAUUAAAUGGAUUCGGCUCCCUCGCAGUGUCCUCUCGCGGUGGACGGUCUACGUGGGCAUCAGAUCGCAGCGAUGAGGAAUCCCUGGGUUCUUCCCGGCUGCGCGUCGCUGCCGCCGAAGCAUCGCGAUCCCCUCGUGCCACUCAACGACCUGUCACCGCACCGACGGUGGUGGAUGGAGAAGAGGAAGAGGAGAACUUCUUUCAGUCCUUUGCCCAUCGAGUACGAAAUACAUUUGAGACUACCAAUAAACCAGACUGGCUUCAAGGGGAGCCCUUCCGUUUGCCUCGCUGGAUGUCUGGGGAUAAUAACACCACAGAGGAAGGUGGCGUUACGCGAUUAUUCGGAGGUCGAGCUGUUCCCGGCCGAUUGCGUCUCGGUUAG